CGGUACUUGAAGAACUCUACUGACUUUACUAUAGUGCUAUAGCAUACGUUCUCGCUGGAGCCCAUAGUAUACCAAGUUAUGAGUUAAGUGCACCCGUAUAGACUAGCCUGUCGACUGGCUGGAAGAACGAAAGCUGUUUUCCGUUUCAGUUUUAGUCGAACGGUCCGUGAACAAUCAGGGGACCGACGAGUAUUCCUGCAUCCAUCAUACGAAAUCCCGAGGUGGGAUUCUGGAAUAGUGUGGUGCUAUAAACAAUAGUUUAUAUUAAUAGAAAAUACUUUUGAAUUGCUGCAUAUAAGAUCAACGAAUACGCCAUGGGAUACGGUACAGAAAUAGACGGCUGUGGCCGUUGCAUGAAAUAUUCACUGUUUUUCGCUAAUUUGCUCAUAUUCAUCGGUGGUGUCGUCGUAGCUGGACUAUCGAUAUGGGCCUUGGUAGAAAAAAUCCCAUUCAUUGGUGAAUUGGUUGGUAACGAUCUUUUGUCUGGUGCAGUUUACGUCCUGCUGGUUGGCGGCAUUGUAGUGGCAUUUAUUGCAUUUUUCGGAUGCAUUGGUGCAUCCCGUGAGAUAAAAUGCAUGCUGCUUACGUACUUCAUUAUUGUAUUCCUGCUAUUUGUGACGAUGCUUGUCGGCGGCGUCCUUGGAUACGUAUUUCGUGAAAAACUCGUCGACACCAUGCAUCGUGAGAUGAAGAGUUCGCUCCUGCAGUACGACAAACAUGCAUCUAUCCGAACGGCUUGGAAUACCACUCAGACCUUGAUGCAAUGCUGCGGAGUCGAUAGCUGGCGGGACUGGCAUAGGAAUAAUCUGGAACUCCCGGACAGUUGCUGUCGCGAAAUUGAACCUGGACGGCGUUUCCACUGCAACACCGGUCCUGACACGGUGAUAGCGACGACAACGUAUCUGGAAGGCUGCGUCAAUCGUACACAGGUGCACUUGCAGAAACAUGCAGCAGUACUAGGUGGUGCCGGUAUAGCAGUCGCCUUGCUGAUGUUCUUUGGCAUGAUCUUUUCGUGUGCACUCUUCAAGAUGAUAGAAUGACGCGAGGUAUCGUACGUAUUAUGAGGCGUCUUCUCUUUGAACACUUUCAUAAACGAGAGGAAGAUGACGAUGAUGAUGAUCCUCUUAUAAAAGCGACGAUGUCGUACAACUCUCCAAUAUCAACAAUCACUCCCUCCGCCAUCAUUUUUUUAGUUACCUAUACUACGAAUCGAACGAACACUUCGCAAGAAUCAAAAAAACAGAAAAAAGUAUAUGAACCGUCUCAUGAAAUCUUUAUAGUUAUUAAUAAGUACAUUUAUUUUUUUCUGUACUUUGUAUAAGAGCAUGCAACCAUGCGCUCCAGCGAUACGGAUUGUCUUGCGUAAUGUUAUUACAAACAUUAAGUAUAUAAAACGCUUUAUCGAUUUUACAUUCGUAUCAAUGGUCUCGCAAAAAGGAUAAGAUUUUUUGUAAACUUAUUGCCGUUUUUGAUACCGAAAGCAUUUUUACCUAAAUAUCUAUAUACAAGUAUGAGUCUUCGUUUGAGUAUUAAUUACAAUAUUCGCAUUAUGUGAGACAUCUCACAGUGUAGGUUAAGAUUAUUUAAGUCAUGUUAGUUAUUCUACAUUUAUCUCAAUUCAUAUAGAGGUAUGCGAUUGUACACGAUGUACUAUGAUAAAAUAUAUGUCAGUAAAUCCUUCCAGUUAAUUCAUAUA